CCCCCAGCCAUGGCCGUGACCUAGUCCCGGUGCGAUGGAGCAGCCCCGGUACCGGGACUCGGCCGGGAGCGGGCCCGGGGGAGGCUCCGGCACCGCCUGGAACGGGACCUGCGGCCACCCCCGGGCUGCCCCCGCCGGCCCCGGCACCGGCACCGGCACCGGCACCGGCACGGCGGGCGAGGAGGAGGAGGAGAGCGGCGAGCGCGAACCGGGCGUCACCGGCCCCGGGAGUGUCCCCGGCCCCGGGAGUGUCCCCAACUCCGAGAGUGUCCCCGGCCCCAGGAGUGUCCCUAACACCGGGAGUGUCACCAACUCCGGGAGUGUCCCCAUCCCCAGGAGUGUCCCCAAGCCCGGGAGUGUCCCCGGUCCCGGGAGUGUCACCGGUCCCGGGAGUGUCACCAACUCCGGGAGUGUCCCCAUCCCCAGGAGUGUCCCCAUCCCCAGGAGUGUCCCCAAGCCCGGGAGUGUCCCCGGUCCCGGGAGUGUCCCCAUCCCCAGGAGUGUCCCCAAGCCCGGGAGUGUCACCGGUCCCGGGAGUGUCACCGGUCCCGGGAGUGUCCCCAGAACCGGGAGUGUCCCCAGAACCGAGAGUGUCCCCGGCCCCGGGAGUGUCCCCAUCCCCGGGAGUGUCCCUAACACCGGGAGUGUCCCCAUCCCCGGUGGUCGCUGCGGCUGCCGGGACCCCCCGGCCGCUCCCCCGAGCCCCUCCCGGGACAUCCCGUGCGGCCUCGGCUGCCGCCAGCGGGGACCCCCGGAGAACAACGGCGACCCCCGGAGAACGCGACGGCGACCGCGACAACGCCCCGAGGAGCACGACCGGGAACCGGGGGACAGCGGUCGGGGACACCGGGGGUCCCUGGGGGCGGCCCGGGCGGGGGUCGCGCUGUGCCUGCGGCUGCUCGGGGCUCUCCUGGCUCUGCUCCUCCUCCUCCUCCUCCUCCUCCUCGGGGGGCUCCGCUCUUUGCUCCGCGGGGGCUCCGCGGGGCUCCGCCGCUGCCGGGAGCUGUUGUGCGAGCGCUGGGGCCGCUCCGGUGUCACCGAGGAGGAGGUGACACGUUUGGUGGCCAUGGCCGGGGUGACCGAGGAGGAGCUGGACCCGUUCCGGGUGCUCGGGGUGGAAAGCACGGCCAGCGACAGCGAGCUGCGCCGGGCGUACCGGAGACUGGCGGUGCUGGUCCACCCCGAUAAGAGCCGAGACCCCCGAGCCGAGGCGGCGUUCAAGGUGCUGAGGGCGGGAUGGGAGAGGGUGAGCAGCCCCGAG